CCCCCCUCCCCUCUCCCGUUGUUUACGUUUGUUGCUCGGUGGUAAAGCGAGCGAGCCGCUACGUCCGUUAGCUAGCCGGCUAGCUAGCUAGCCAGGCAGGUAAACUGGCGUUUCGGUAAAGGAAAUGCGCACAUAGACUCGCGGGGCGAUAGGCGACGGCUGGCGUGGCCAUGCGAGACUGAGGCAACAAUAAGUUGUGGCUGCGGACUCCUGCCCAAGGAGGUGUCUCCUGAGAGAUGGCCACAGAACUCAACGAAGCAAUAUUAACGGCCAAACAAGAGCGCCACAAGAACCUGUUCCUCAACUACAAGAACUUAAACUGCUUCCCUGUGGAGCUGCUGAAGGGUGAAGGCUUGCAGUUUCUGGAGCGACUCUACAUGAAGAGGAACUCCAUCACUACACUGCCUGAUAAUCUUGCUCAGAAACUCCCAAAUCUUAUUGAGCUGUAUUUGCACUCUAACAACAUAGCCGUCGUUCCUGAAGCUAUUGGAAACCUGGCCAGGCUGCAGUCACUAGAUCUGAGUGACAACGCCCUCCAGCUCAUCUGUCCGGAGAUUGGUCGGCUGAGGUCCCUACGACACUUAAGGCUGUCAAAUAACCAGCUGAAAACUCUUCCUCCAGAAAUUGGGGAUCUACGAGAACUGGAGACUCUGGAUGUUUCCAUGAACCUCCUGUGUGCUCUGCCAGAGCGCCUGCACCAGUGCCUGUCCCUGCAGUAUCUGACGGCGGACUACAACGACCUGAGACACCUACCCAGGCAACUGUGCCAGCUCCACAGCCUCAACGAGCUGUCCAUGGCAGCCAACAGCCUGGUCUCACUGCCCCUCGAUUUGGGCCGUUCAAGAGAGCUCCAGUUUGUGUUUGUUGACAACAAUGUUCACUUGAAAGGCCUUCCCUCUUAUCUGUACAACAAGGUCAUUGGCUGCAGCGGGUGUGGUGUGCUGCCCCGGGUGUCGGACAGAGAGCAGCUGUGCGUGGCUCUGGGUGAGAUGGCUGUGCCGCUGCCUGCUGAGGUGAAAUUGAUGGGCUCUGAGACUGACCACGUGGUUCCACUGGAGGAACUUGCCAUGAGAGCCCUGCAUCGCAGCUAUCACCACAACCCAAAGGGUCUGAACCUCAUGCCUCACAUCCUACUGCCAAAGAGCCUGCUGGACCUGCUGCAGUUCCCGCUGGGCCACUGCCACCGCUGCAGCCAGCCCAUGUUCACCAUCGUCUACCCAAAGCUCUUCCCCCUCAAGGAGACCGCCCUGGCAGGGGUACACCGCAGAACAACUGUGAGUUUUGUUGCCUACUGCUGCUCCAUCCACUGCCUACAGACGUUUGACCUCCAGGGAUGACCCCGUCUCAUCGGCUCCCCCUGCCUUCCGCUCCGUAGAUGCUGAUUAAUUCUGCAAAAAAACGGACGGUUGACGGUUUGUUACGAGUUAGCAAAUAAACGGCGGAGUGGAUGUUGGUGUUCUUUGUGCCAUUACAGUGGGGGUUAGGUGCUUGACUGACAGGACUCGAACCACUGACAAGCCGCCUUUGGAGACGUUGGCAGCCGGCAGGUGAUGGACUAUGACUUAAUGUAUCUGAGUUUUUCAACGUACCUUUAGGAAAGACAUCGCGCUCAAGUUGGCGUUUGGGUCACCGGCAGUAAAACUUGCCUGGGUCCAACUGUGUGGCGCAGUAUGUCGUAGGAUUUUACUUCCACUAGAGUCAGCACAUCUGCUGCCACACAGGAUGAUGCUCUACUCAUUCAGAUGGAUCUGUGAAGUAUCUGUCAGUAUUAAAAUGUGAAGUGACUACUAACCCCUUCUUUGGAUACAGAAGUUUGUGAAGAACGAGCAGUCUCCCCAUGGUUUUUUUUUCUUAAAAUCAACCGUCUUUUGGAAUAUUAAUUAUUUUUUUUCUAUCACACUAUAGCAAAACAUGUUGCCAUACAAACAUCUCGCUGAUCUGAGACCCAUGCUUGUGCUAUGAGGCGUGUGGUACAUUUUUCAUGUCACGGAUAGUACAGAAGCAUGUGAAGAGUUCUAUUUUAAAACAUCGCAUAUUCAUUUUUGAAAAUCUAAAUCACUGAAGUUUCACCUCCAAAAUACAAAAAACAAAACUAAACGAUAAAAUCGGCAUGUUGUCGACCCAAGGACUGAAGUAACGUGAAUGUAAAGGCAAAGUAAGAAACAGUCCGUCUGGAACGCCGCUGAAAUCAUUUUGUAACAAAGUACACACAGUAUGAUGCAAUUAUGGAUUAACUUGAUGGAUGAAGAAAGUGUUGUACAGCAAUUCUAAAGUAUUUAUUUUUUAAAACAGAUUUUAUUUAAGAUUUUUAAUACAUUUGAAUGUUAUUUCCCCCUACGUUCCCCUGGGGGAUAGGGGGGAAAGAAGGAUUAAUUCUAAGAGUAGUUUUGGAGAAGCGUUUUAUGACCUUUAGGAGCUUUAGACCACAAAAAAUGAAUAUGAGGAGUACAUUUACCCACCCCGAUUACCACCACGCAUAUUAUUACUACGACUUGAACGACUUGUGGCUUCACUGAAGCAGCGCUGGCUGCAGUAGGGGGCAGUGACUCCAUCCUGCCCUCUAUAGUCCACAUCCUGAUGCCCUCUGUGACGUCAUGAUGGAGUGACUGCACGCUGGGGAAUAAACAUCGCUGGGUAGGAAGCAUCAUAUGAGUUCAUCUGAAUUUUAACUGUUUCACCAGCCAACAAUGUUUAGGCAGUAAUGGGAAUAUUGAUUGAUUGAUUGAUUGAUUGAUUGAUUGAUUCUUCAUGUAAACAUAUGAAAAUUAAAAAACAUUAAAAAAAAGAUACAAUAUAUAAUUGGCAACAGAAUGUGAAGGAGAAUUGCCUCAAAACCCUCAAGGGGCUUGAAGAGUGGCAUUCUCCAGGCAGCACGCUACAGGAAACAAUCACAGCAAUGUGGUACGAACAAUUUGUAUCUAUCAACAGUUCCACAUAUAGCAAAUAUGUAAAUAUUGGUUGUUUAGCAAAGUGAUGGCUGGUUGUUACAAGAAUUAAACAAUUACUGAGCCAAAAAAAAAAAAAUCAAACUUAGAGCACCUCUGUUUCUCUACAAGUUAGAUGCCUAAACACUUCUCAGUGUGUGAAUAGAGGACAACACUCUUGUUAUUUGGGUAUCUUUCUAAAGUUCAGCAGCAUUUCUCCAAGCUUUCAGGAAAAUUGUGAGACUUCCAGAUCUGCAGCCCCGCUUUAACAGAUUAUAACUGGCACACCGUUCUGAAAUAAAACAUCUUGACGGUAGAACAAGUAUCUUUCUGAUUAGCAGUCAUACAGAAUUGCCCCCCCCCAACACACACACACACACACA